AGGGCGCUCACGCGAGAGCCAACAUUUUUGGUUGCGUAAGCUCCUAAGACGCGAGCGGACCUCCAGCAUCUCAUUUCGAUAAGUUAUUCUUUACGGGACGGAGCGAUCUGCGACUUCAGCCGUCAUGGUGUUUGUCCAAUGUAUCGUAUGGUUCCUGUUUUCUUCAUUGUCGGUUGCGGAUGGUAAGGUCGAUGUCACGAUCUCGAGUUCUUGUAACUUGAGCAUAAAUGUGCCACGCGUGGUUGAACGCGGAGAAAUGAGGCGCGUCGACAUCACGGAUGCUGUAAGACUUGGCGCCGUCUGCAACGACCGCUCGCCUGGUCUCUACUACAUCAGCAGAACGAGUACUAACAAGUGGAUCAUAUUUCUCGAGAGCGGCAGCGGUUGUGGCAGCAUUGAAGAGUGCAACGAGCGCUACAUGGAGCAGAAAGAGUUGAUGACAUCGAGUGAGUAUCCUGAAACGGUCAAGGGAACGGACGUCUUCGAUGCAGAUCCGAGACUAAAUCCAGACUAUUGGGACUACAAUUUCGUGCUCAUUCCCUACUGCACGAGCGAUUUGUGGAUUGGUAAUUCGACUUGGAACGAGGAGGAGAUCGCUAAGGCUUUAGCCGGGUUGAACUUCAGUGCUACAGCGGUCGAGAAUCAGUUUGCUUUUCGGGGAUCUUCAUUGUUUAGAGCUGUCGUUGAAGAGUUAGAAGAGUCAUCAGCUGGGUUGUCAACAGCAGCCGAGGUUGUGUUGGCUGGAAGCAGUGCAGGAGGUCUUGGCGUCUUGAAUCAAGCAGGAUGGCUUUAUGAGAGACUUCCUGCUAGUGCCUCUAUGUCUGCCAUUCUUGAUUCUUCUUGGUUUAUCAACUUUGACAGCACUCUAGUCGAGAGCUUUAACUUUACGUUUCUUGAAAAGUAUACGAACUAUCUCACUCAUGAGCCAUGCAGAGAUAAUGACACUCUUGGAUUUCCAUGCUGUGUGUCUGCAUCGUGCAUGCUUACAAAGGUGGCUCGUCACCCUUUGGACUAUCCCAAUAUUCCAACAUUUGUGAUCUUUAGCAUGUACGACUUGUACAUUGUCUCUGAGUCAGUUCGCAGCCUGGAGAAUGAGACGGGGAACGUUCAAAAGCUCGAGGCUUUUCGUACCAUUGCUGAGUAUGGUGGAGCAAUGAAUUAUAGCUUAGAGACAAGUCAUCACUUGGCAGAUAAUAUGAGCUAUUUCGUGCCCUCAUGCUUGCAGCACGUGUACCUGGCAACCUCAAGCUUGUGGGCUGACGGUGGAGUGUUGAAUAAUAGUGUGAACUCAUCAAAUCACAACCAUACGCUUGGUAACACAAAGUACUUCAAACAUGUUGUCAAGAGUAGUACUUGGUCUGAGACCUACAUAAAGUCUAACACUGAUGACAAUCAAACGUCUCUCCAAUGUGCUAUCCACGAGUGGAAUGUUCACAUUCAAUCAGGAAGUCACAGACAGGAGUCAAACUCAUAUCCAGUUCGAUACUUAGAUACCUGCUUUGGAGCACGGUGCAACCCUCAUUGUCCUGAAACUGUACUGUUGGGGAUAUUUAAUGAAUUUUGGCCAAGAGGAGUCCAGUUUUUGUUGGUUUUCUUCGUUCUACUUGUCACUGUUCUUUGCAUCUUUUACAAAACAGUUAUGUUUGCAAAGAUGAAGUGGCUUAUGAAAGAUUACAAAAGGUUUAGGGACUGGGAUAAGAUGCAUAAUCGAGAUCAGAGGAAAGGGUUGUCCUCUUGUUCAGCAAGAGAUGCAAUUGGUAUUGCAUUUCUCCAUCUGCGGUAUAGCAUACGAUUGUCUCCUGAAGCUCUUUCACAAGAAAAGAAACGCCAUGCUGAGAAACUGGCAGCUGAAGAAGAGUCUCGAGAACUGUUGGGAUAUGGUGAUGAGUCUGAUGAGGACGACGGAAAAGAAAAUUCAAAGAAAGAUCAUCGGGUUUCGUUCUCAGAAAGCCUACACCCAAAGGGCCUCAUUAAUCGUUUUCUAUGUUGCUUUCGAACAAAGUCAGUGAACUCUUCUAGCAACAUGAUGAGCAGCGAUCUUGUGUUGUCAUCUCAAGACAUUGAACUGGGAUUGAACAAACUGGAUCAGAGUAGGGAACCUGAUGGUAGUGAUGACGCUGGUAAUGGACACAUUCUAACACAAAGGUCAGCAACGGUACCAGAAGCUUUGUUGCGAAAGAUGAAUAGGGAUGCUGAGUUUGGGGAACAAAUAGAAGCAAGACCGCGGUCUCAUACGGUUUUACCUACUGUCACUCAAAGUGCUGUAUCUGAAGUUGAUGUUGAGAAAACAAUCAUAAAUGGCAUUUCAAGCUAUUUCAAUCCUAGGCAGUUAGUUGCAAUUAUGGGACCAUCAGGCUGUGGGAAGACAACAUUUCUUGAUCUUCUUACUGGACGAAGAAGAACAGGCCAUCAACAGGGAGAGAUUUUCAUCAAUGGCAUUCCAUCUAACUUGGUACAUGAUUGGUACAUCAAGCAUACUGGCUAUGUACUGCAGCUGGCUGUUCCCUACUACGAGGAGUUGACUGUCUCACAAAAUCUCUUGUUGUCUGCGGUCAUGCGAUUGCCAUGUUUAAUGACACAGGAAGACAGAUUUGAACGAGUUGAAGAAGUUAUGGAAGAGACUGGUUUGACAUCAUUGAAGGACACCAUUGUUGGAGGUUUAACAGGACCUGGACUAAGUGGGGGACAGAAACGGCGUCUUGCUGUUGCGAUUCAACUUCUUAGUAUGCCGAAGGUGAUCUUUCUUGAUGAACCCACAUCUGGACUGGAUGCUUCAUCAUCAAUGGAGUUGCUGCAGCAUUUGAGAUACAUGGCGAUGAGUGGCCGGCUUGUUGUGCUCACUAUUCAUCAGCCACGAUUAGAAAUAUUUCACAUGUUUGACAGAAUUCUAUUUCUUUGCCAAGGACGGGUGGCUUACUAUGGUUCUCCAACUGAAGCUCCAGCUCUCUUUCUGGAGGCCUACAGGGUGGCAAAGCUUGAAGGAGAGGCACCUGUACUGGAUCAAAAUAAGAAUCCAGCUGAUGUCAUCAUGGACAUGUUAGGAUGCGAGAAAUACAGAGCAGCAAUAUUGAAGUACUAUGAAGACACUCAGGAGCUGAAAUCAGUUGAGAAUGCAAUAAAGUUAGCAAAGCAAAAUGAUUCAUUGGAGAAAUUGGCUAUCGAAAAUGAGAAGGACGAUAGCGGCCAUAUGAAUCGCUUUCUUGCUCUUGAAACUCGAGCUUCGCAGAGAUCCAAUUUAUCACAAACCAUCUACUUGCCAUUCAUUUUCUUUGCCUACGCCAUCAUACUUGGUUUGGCAUAUCUACAAGCAGACACCGUCUUUUUGAUUAUGUCAGCAUUUUGUAUCUUCAGCUUUGCGAGCUCGAUUUUUAUGUUUCCAGCUGUCUAUACACAUCUUUCAAAGAGCUUAGAGAUCUAUCAACUGGAAAGAGAAGAUGGAAUUGGCAAAUCUUUUGAAGUUCUUCUCCAGACUUUCAUGCGUUAUGUAGCUAUUGCUGCGGGUCCACUGGUUUUGUCUGCAUUCAUCUUGUACAUCAUGGUGGUGAAGCCCGAAUUUUGGAGCUUUAUGGGAUUUUUCAACUUAGCCGUGUUUUCUCUGGCUGUCAAUCAGACUUGGGUUGCUAUUUCUAUUAUGGUUGUUUGCCUCUUUCCAGUCCAUGGCCACAGAGUAGCACCACUGACAUCGUGUGCUGCAGGAUUUGCAGGAGGGUUUCUUAUCCCAGUUCCAAAGAUGAAAGCUUAUUUUGCUUGGUUGUUCUACAUCAAUCCCAGUUUUUACGGUUAUGCCAGCAUCAUGCGUCUCAUCAUACCUGGCAUUGAAACUGGCUGUGAUUUCCAGUCAACAAUAGAAUGUUACCCUAACACUGGCAGCUUUUGGAUUGAACAUUUUGGGUUUGAGUUUAUUCAACCAUACUUAUCACUGAUGAUUAUAAUGGUAAUAACGUUUGUUACCUUGAUCUUGGCGUGGAUCGCUCUCGAGCAUCGGUACUGUGGUAUCAACUGGUACGAGCUCAUUUGUCAUUGCAGAUUGCAAAAACCAACAGACAGCAGUAGCGGACUCUCUCAGGACAACAGCAAGGAGAGUAGUGUUGAGCCUGAAGAAGUGAAUUCUGAAGACGAGUUUCACGUUGCUCCUAGGGUCAAUUCGUCUGAUGAGGACAAGGAAACGACUGAAACGACAGUACUAGGAGACACCGCAAUGAAACGCAGCUUGCGUUUGAGACGGUACAGUGACGGUCGUGGAUUGAGAAAACGACAGGAAGCCUCAAUGGAAGAAGUCGAACUAGCUGCUCAAAAGGCUAGUGAGGAUCUUGCCUUAAAGGAAAAGCGCAAGUUGCAACGACAAACGACGCAUACGGUACUCUUGCCGGCAGGAGAACACAGCGUCUUCAAUCCGAACUCGGCGGAAGGCAAUGGCCGACGCUCGUCCUUCACUCGUUUGUCCCGUCGCGAUCGCUUGCGGCGCACGGCGAGAGAGACGCAGCAGAAGCAACAACAGCUGCAGUCGAGAAUGAAGAAGUUCCACGAGAUCGACGACGCAAACGAUCCCGACAAAGGAAGGAAUGUGGAAGACGGAGGAGGUUUCAACGAGUUCUUAGGGAUUCACACAAAUCGGAGGUCGCCGAGUCGUCGAGUCCGCAGCGAAAGGCAUUUAUCGCCGUCCGCCUACAGCAUGUCGAGUUUCGAGCCGUUGAAAUCAGGAUCAUCACAGUCAGUUCCUAACGUCAAGAGACUCGUUCAUUCGACGACAACCGUCAAAGCUCGAGUUAUCCAGAGUGUCGCCGACUUGCGCAGAGGGUCGGGGUCGUCGGGUGUAUCUUUCGACGUUAGCAAGUUGGCACCCGGCUCUGACGACGACAGCGUAUCAUCCUUACUGCCUCGCACAAGCCGUCGAUCGUCGGUUACAUUUGCACCAGACGUCGUCCAGCUCUCUAAAGUUGAGAAAAGACAGGGUUUUACCUCACCACUUAUUCCGAAGAGCGCCAUGAAGCGUCCGCAGUCGUUGCAGAACUCGCCGCAUGCUACGCCCUCGCCGUUGUCGAGAAAAAAGUCCAAGAAGGUACCACGCGUGGCUAUGACUCCGGACGUCGAUCCCGACGUCAUGAGCGCGUUCACAAGACGAACUAAGCAGAAAUUCGUAAAGAAGUUUGAUCGACGAAGCUCGGAGAGAGAGAAAGACGAGAUGGCGACGAGUAUUAUUCAGGCGAGUUCUAGCGAUGACGAGACGUUUUACAGCGUGAAUGAGGUCGAGAAAGGAGUGAAGAAACGCUCGAAUGUUAGUCUGUCGACGUUGAGAGGAGAGGUGGCCGACAACUGGUCGUCGUCACCGGCGUCACCCAGCGGGGAACCUGUCCUAACGUCUCUGAGAGUGAAUGCGAGUCCUAUUCCUGCUCAUUUGUUAGUGAAGGACGGUGGCAUAGAGAGCAGUGGUAGCGACACUGGCGAUCCGACGAUUCGUGUCGCUACCAGUCGGUCGCCGUCGCCGUGCAUUUCGUUAGGCGACACGCAUGAGGCACGAGAAAGACCGUCCACCUUGGCUUUGAGGCAAAGACCGUCGCAAACUGGCGGGUUUCGCAACAGCCAAGAGAGGACUUCGGAUGAUGCGGUUGCUCCAUCGGGUCAGACACCCGUCACUCCCAAAAUAUCUAUCACCGAAUGUCUGUCCAUCGACCAAGUGGAGCCUCCAGCUGCGACAGGUGACGGAUCUCUCAAACUCUAAUUGAUAACAAAGUAUUUUUAUUCUCUAUAUACGAAUGAUACAUAUGAGCAACAGAAGUGUAAAGUGGCGAGCCACAUGCAGCUGUAAGUCUAUACUCUCGUAUUUAUGACCUUGUGCUAGUCUAGCAGAUCUUUUGUCUUAGUUAUUUGCGUAUAUUUACUUAUGGGAUACACAUGGAUUACA